AUGUCAAACUCUAAAGAAUUGGUUGACGAACAAGAAGAACCAGUGACACAGUCACAGAAAACGUCAGACAAUGAAAUAAAUGAUUCAGUUUCCACUGGUGAUGCUGCUACCCCUGCUGUUACCUCGUCGCAAGACAAUCAAGGUUCCGAAAACCAAGAUUCGGAAAUAGAUGCAGACAAAAAUCCCCUUUCUCCGGAGGAUGAUAUAUGGGAUGAGAGCGCGCAAGCGUACUAUUACUGGAAUACCGUUACCAAUGAGACUACUUGGCAUGUACCCUCGUCAUCGUCAUCGGAAUUGAUUGACGGGGGAGGAGAAGAAAAUGGUGGUGGGGAGGGUAAUAAUAAUGAAAAUGCUGUAAAUAUUAACGUUAGUGAUCAAAAUUUAAUAAAUAAUAAUUAUGGUACUGGUGAUCACAAUAGUGAUGAGGAACCCUUAAUAAAUCCACUUGAUUCUCUUCUCGAUAAAAUUGAUAAUGAAGUAAAAUCAAAGUUGGAUGGCGGCUCAAAGUUUUCAUCUUCGGAGGCAUCGGAUGUCACUUCUACUACCGAGACUGCUUCUCCACCUUCUUACACACUUAAUACAACAUCCACUUCAUCGACAACGACAUCAACAACAUUACCAAAUUACUCAAGUCAAUAUCAUUACACCGAUCCAUCAUUAUCGUUGACGGACCACACAGCAGCAACAACAGCGGAAAACAUGUCCGACUAUAAUGCAUUCAUUGCGCAACAUGGAAAUUCAAGCACCGAAUACACACUGCAAGCGCGCUUCAAUUCACGAACUGGUCGAUUUCAACGUGAUCCAACUCUGAAUCCUGAAAGAUUUUCCGCCGACUCGAAAGCAGUUCGACAAAUGUCAUAUUUCUUUGAUUAUGAACAAUUUUCAUUGGAAAGAGGCGUGAAAAGGCUGAAACAGCAGGGUGGUGGCGGUGGCGGUGGCAAUGGCAAUGGAAGCGAGAAAAGUAAAAAGAUUGGAAAACGAGAGUUGGAGAUUUUGAAACAGAGGAAAAAGGAAAAAAAGGAAAUGAAAAAGAGGGCGUGGUUGAUGGGUGAUGAUUAA